UCUCUGUGCUUGAGCUCAGCAAAAUGAACCCUAUCCCUUCCUGGUUCCCGCCCUCUACCUGUCACAGGUGAUCUCACCCAGCCCGUCACACUUUCCUAUCCCUGCCGGAAGAGAGACACAGUUUCCAUAACCACACGCAACCAUGUCCAGCAAGAAGACAAAAGCAAAGACUACUAAGAAGCGUCCACAGAGGGCGACUUCCAAUGUGUUCGCCAUGUUUGACCAGUCUCAGAUACAGGAGUUUAAGGAGGCCUUUAACAUGAUUGACCAGAAUCGAGAUGGCUUUAUUGACAAGGAAGAUCUGCAUGAUAUGCUGGCCUCUAUGGGUAAAAACCCCACUGAUGAAUAUCUGGAAGGAAUGAUGAGUGAGGCCCCAGGACCCAUCAACUUCACUAUGUUCCUGACUAUGUUUGGAGAGAAACUGAACGGCACAGACCCUGAGGAUGUCAUCAGGAAUGCAUUUGCCUGCUUUGAUGAGGAAGCCACAGGAUUCAUCAAUGAAGACCACUUGCGAGAGCUCCUCACUACGAUGGGUGACCGCUUCACAGAUGAAGAGGUGGAUGAGAUGUUCAGAGAGGCCCCAAUUGACAAGAAAGGCAACUUCAACUACGUGGAAUUCACCCGCAUUCUGAAACACGGGGCCAAGGAGAAAGACGACUAGAAAUUACAACGACGGCAAUGGUCUGUGGCCGUAAAUGAAAGAGAUGCUAUACAAAUGAUGGGCAGCGUUUAGGUCUCUCAAUUUGUAAUUAUUUAAUAUGAGAAGCCUCCCCAUGCCAAGCCAACUGUGGCAGUGGUCAUAUUUAAAAUCCUUCACAAAAAAGACUGUAAUGCGCCCACUCCUCACCCCUGUCACCUUAGCCGCUCUAAUGGGAAGACGUCAUAUUAAUAAUAUAUAAAUAAAUCAAUUUAUUCAAGAGUUGUGUGGAACAAGGACAUAGCCGGCUCUUAUCUUACCAUGUGCUGUUUUUAACACCAUAACCAGCCGCAUGAGGCAAAUUCUGCUUUGUAUCUGCCACAUCCCCUCUUCCCACAGUUCUGAUCAUUUGGGGUUUUGAUCUAAAUAAACAAGAGGAUAGAAUGUGUUCUUGCACUUGUAUAGUAUCCAUGGUUCAAUUAGUUUUUUAACAAGGGCUAAUAAACCUUCUGACUCUGUCCCUCCAGA